UAUGCCAACCCCCACACAUGACAGUUGACAAGUGACACUAACUUUUACAUUUCUUCGUAAUAGUGGGAUGCCCCGGGUUUAAAAUCAUCAAACGUUGUGUAAUUGAAAUUUCGGCGAUAAAUUGCAAUGGCCGAUGCUGCUUUUACCCGUAAUGAAAUCAUAAGUUUAGUUGUGAGGUUAACCUUGGUUUCGGCUGUAACAUUCAUUAGUAUAAAAUGGUUAAUGAACCAAGUCGACCCCACUAAUAAGAGUAAAAAGAAGGCUCGGAAAAAGGCACAAGAGCAGUUGAAAAGGUUAGCUGGUAGUGGGCAUGCUCCUCUAGUUAUCGAAAACUUAUCCGACUAUGAAAUGAUGAUAGCAGCGCAUUUAAUACACCCCCAGGAUAUUACCGUAAGUUGGGGGAAUAUUGCGGGAUUGGACGACAUGAUCCAGGAGCUCCGCGAGACUGUCAUACUUCCAAUUCAGCGCAAGGAAUUAUUUGCCGACUCGCAACUCACGACAGCCCCCAGAGGUGUGUUGUUACAUGGCCCCCCCGGUUGUGGCAAAACCCUUAUCGCUAAAGCUACAGCAAAAGAAGCGGGAACCAGAUUUAUCAAUCUUGACUUAUCAAUCCUCACUGACAAGUGGUAUGGCGAGAGCCAGAAAUUGGCAGCUGCUGUUUUCACUCUCGCUGUUAAACUCCAACCUUGUAUUAUUUUUAUUGACGAAAUUGAUUCGUUUCUCAGAUCGAGGAAUACCACAGAUCACGAGGCUACAGCAAUGAUGAAAGCGCAAUUUAUGUCAUUGUGGGAUGGUUUAAUCACAGAUCCGCACUGCACUGUUAUUGUAAUGGGGGCCACAAACCGUCCCCAGGAUUUGGAUAGGGCUAUUUUGAGACGUAUGCCGGCCACAUUCCACAUUUCUAUGCCAAACGCCCUUCAAAGAAAAAAGAUUUUGGAAUUAACACUUGAAAAUGAGCCAGUUGCUCAAGAUGUUGAUAUAGAUCGAUUGGCGAGACUCACUGAUGGGUUCUCAGGGUCGGAUUUGAGGGAAUUGUGUCGGAAUGGGUCCAUUUAUCGCGUCAGGGAUUAUAUGAAAACGCACAGUGACACGGUUUUGGAUUCGUCAGAAGAUGAGUAUCAAGAUGCGUUACGACCAAUCACAAUGGAGGAUUUAAUGGUUUCAUUAAAUAAAAUGAAGGAAUCGAAAAUGCACUGUGGGGCUUUACCGACAAGUCGGAUCGAGUUGGAUUAGCAGCCGUGGUUUCAGUACUUAGCACCCAUUAUAGAUCAUUUUGACCACACUGUAGAAAUGUAUCAGAAUUUUUCAAAUAAUUUUAAACAUUGUGUUAAUUAUCAGAGAAAGCUUUAGUUUUAUUUCGCCCAACGAGGCUGUGCUUGUGUACAUAUGUAGUUUUCUAGAGAAAUUUCGAAUUUUCAGUCGCUCUCUUCAAGUACAAACACUUUAUAAUGGGAGUUGUUCAUAUUUUAGCACGUCGCAUUCAUAAUAUGACUUUUUAUGUGUAGUUUACAAAGAUUUACGCGUCAGGUGUGAUGAAUCAACGGUUUUUACUGCGUGUUGAAAUCAUGCGUUCGCAGGUUUAUAGUGUUAUCUUCCUUAAUUUUUUAUUUAUGUGAAAAGGUUCAAUAAUAAAAAUUACCAACGUUAA